UAACGGCGUGUCGGGCUGAGCACUCUGCGGGCUGCGGGACCCUAUGUGGGCUGAAAGUAUGCUGAAAGCGGACUGUCAGACUGCAGAUCACAAAAACCGCCGCCGUAAUAAGAUCCAGACGCCUAGGGAGGCUCUUAAAAAAGGCAGAUCAAUUAGGGCUCUGGGCUGUUAGUUUCUGGUUUCUCUAAUGCGAACGCUAAAGGGAGCUGACAGCAAGCUAGUUUGUCUGCAGAGUGACGGAGUUACUUUCCCCUCCGCUUGCAUGUGUAUGACACACUUUUUAUUUUGUUUUUGAUGUUUUAAAAUAUAUGUAUUUUUUGUUGGGAGUUCUAUGUAAAAGUUAGAUUGGAGUUGGUAUUGUUUUUAAAGUUAUAAUUUUAAAAAGAUCCUUUGGCUGUUAUCAUGGCUGAGGCAGCCCAGCAGCAGUUCGUAGACAUCGACCCGGACUUCGAGCCGCAGUCGCGGCCGCGUUCGUGCACCUGGCCGCUGCCUCGACCGGAGCUCAUCGACCCGGCCGACUCCGGCACCUCCUCGCCGGCCCCGUCUGUCAAACAGGAGCCAGUCGGCGGCACCGAUUUUAUUGGUAGCCUCAGCCUGUUGGAGGAAGCCGAAGAUUUUCCGGAGGAGAAAGGCAAUCCGUGCGGCGGCUUCCAGUGUCGGGACGGUUGUGUGCACCAGCCGCAGCAACAGCAGCAUCCGAGCUCCCAGCUGCCGCAACAGGUGGCCGCGCUGCCCGCUCCGCUCGGAUCCUCCGCCGCCGCCCAGCGGAAAAGCGGCACGUCUCGCCGCAAUGCCUGGGGGAAUAUGUCCUACGCCGACCUGAUCACCAAAGCCAUCGAGAGUUCGCCGGAGAAGCGGCUCACCCUCUCCCAGAUCUACGACUGGAUGGUCCGGAGUGUGCCCUACUUCAUGGACAAGGGUGACAGCAACAGCUCGGCGGGCUGGAAGAACUCAAUUCGGCACAACCUGUCGCUGCACAGCCGCUUCGUGCGCGUCCAGAACGAGGGCACGGGCAAGAGCUCCUGGUGGAUGCUCAACCCGGAGGGUGGCAAGAGCGGCAAGUCCCCCCGGCGCCGCGCAGCCUCCAUGGACAACAACAGCAAGUUUGCCAAGAGCCGUGGGCGGGCUGCCAAGAAGAAGGUGUCGCUCCAGGGGGCGCCAGAGGGCGGUGCCGAGAGCCCCGGCUCCCAGUACUCCAAGUGGCCCGGCAGCCCCAACUCGCACAGCAAUGACGACUUUGACACGUGGGGGCCCAUCCGCAAGCGCAGUGGCUCCAACGCCAGUACACUGAGCGGCCGCCUCUCUCCCUUCAUGGCUGAACAGGACGACCUGACUGAUGGCGAUGUACACAUGGUCUACCCCGGGGGACCCAGCUCCAAGAUGGCAGCCACAUUGCCCAGCCUAUCGGAGGUGGCCGGCUCACUCGGCUCCGAGACCGUCAUGGAGAGCCUCCUGGGCAACCUUAAUCUGCUGUCCCCCAAGAACUCGCAGGUGGGGGCAGCCGGGCAGGGUGGAGGAUCUGCCCAGUCGUCACCCUCCUCGAUGAUGCAGACCAGCCCUGGGUACCCUGCCUACAGCUCCCCCAGCAUGGUGGCCCCACCCACUCAGGACUACCGCAAGUGCCUGUAUGGCCAACCUGGAGUCGGUGUCCUUUCGCCCAUCCCCAUGCAACCCCUCCCCAAGGGCAAGUCUCUGAACCAAUAUGGCUGCCAGACCGGGCUCCUCAAAGAGCUGCUCACGUCAGACUCCGACCCCCAUGGCAACCUCAUCCCCUCGGUGGAGACGACGGCAGGCCAGCCAGGUGGGGCCAGAGGCCUGUUAACAUCCUAUAGCGCCAGCCAGGCGGGCCACGGGAGCAAGAUGAUUGGCCAAGGGAGCUUGCAACCCCUCCCCCACACGCACCCCCUGCACGGGCCAGCUCCUCCGACGCAGGUGAUCCUAAAUGGGCGUACUCUAAUGCCCCUUGGCGGCAUGAGGAGCCCCAGCCACCUGACACCCGAGAAGCCCUCCAUGCCAACGCCCUUCCCUUGCUCUGCCCACCUUGGCGGGGGGGUGCCACCUGCCUACUGCACCUUCAACGGCAACGGUUACAUGCGGCCCGGUUUGCCACAGCCACACGAGAAGCUGCCCAGCGACCUAGUGGAUGUGCCCUUCGAGGGCUUCGAUUGCGACAUGGAGUCCAUCCUGCACGAUGCGCUUAUGGAUGGUGACUCACUGGACUUCAACUUUGACCCCACGGUGGCCCCACAGGGCUUCGCCCAUGGUGUGAAGACCACCACACAUAGCUGGGUGUCCGGGUAGAGACCCCCACAUGUGCAGCAGUCCCUGAUGGUGUCCAGAUAUGCUCUCCAGUGAAGAGGAACACAGAUCCACCCCAAAUUCGCAGACCUUACCUGGUAUAUGGUAUAUAUGCAGUUAUCUAGUAUUAUCUAACAUCACAGGGAAAAUGACCUCAUCGGGUAAGGUUCAUGUGACCAUGCUUGUCUUAUUAUUUUUUUUUUGGUUGGCUGCUUAAGACCCUUUCCCUCUGUCAUCAUUCAAAGAAACAAGUAACAGUUCAUCUUCGGGGGCGGAGCUCAACCACAUUGGACCGCAGCCUCAUUGACGCACAGCUUCAUAGGCCCACAGCCUCAUUGGCCCACGGGCAUUACGUAAGGUGGAUCGUAAAACAUGGUUUUAUUUAUUUAUCUUUGUCGGCUAUGAAACAUUCUCUUGACCUUCACCUCUUAUCUGGGUUGUGAACAUAUAACAGCCCCCUCAGCCUUAUUGAGACAUGAUACAAUUUACAGCAGAAAUAACUCAUGUAAAAUAUCAGUCAUCCCAGAACUGGAAGUUCUGCUCAAUCCAAAGAAGGACUCAUAAUUCUCCCUCAUUUUUGAGACUCAAAGCCUGCCCAGAAAAUGUUUACCAACCUGUUCAGAUUUUUUAUUUUUUUUUAAAUGUAAAUAAUCAAGUGCCAAUCUCUCAACAGCAGGUUUCAAUAUCGGUGGUCUUGUUUUAAAUUCAUUGUUACCCGUUCUUUCAAAAAAGUCCUGGUGGGGGUGCCGUGACUUAUCAUUUGUGGCAGCAUUCAGACACACAUGGGCACUCGCGGUCACUCACAGACUCACGCGGUCACUCACGGACUCACGCGGUCACUCACGGACUCACGCGGUCACUCACGGACACGCACUUACCAGCACACGCCGUUACUCACAUACACACACAGGCCGUUUUGUCUCGCUGUAUGUCGCCACCCAGGCCAGCCUUGCUCCCUGUGAAUCGCCGUCUUUCACAGUUAAGCAGACAGUCACAGAUCACUGCUGAGACACCUCUGCCUGCUGCUUGUUUGUAAUUCAGGUCCUGCUUGUCAGCUUUGAUCAGAUCAAACCACAAGAGCCGUUAGUAAGUGAGGAUGUGCACCCCCCUCCCCCCCAUUAUGAGACUUGUCCUUCUGUUCUUUUUUAUUUGCACACCGCACGCUUUUUCUUAAGUAAAACAGGUCUGCGUUUUGUUCUGAAAUAGUUUUUAACUUGGUCCUGUACCUGUUGCCGCAAAGGAAAAGAUAGCACAUACAUCAAUGCUACUGUUGAAAACAAUUAUGCUUUACUGGUUCCAGCUGGGGUGGAGCAGGCAGUGAUUGGCAGUGGUGGGUGUCAAAGCCUCACUUUGGCUUUAGAUGUGAUGGAGGCCGAAAUUAUGUAAAUGAAUGAGUCCAUAGGGAUUGUGGGAUAUUGUUACUUCACGAUAUUACCUCUCCUCCCAUAUUAGAUGUACCACACUGAGUGUUUUUAAUCUCAGGCAACAAGUUUACAGAAUAGUAACACAAAUCAGUUUCUGCCAAAGAUUUUAGCUGUACAUCUGGAGAAGAAUAACUGAAUGAUGUUUUAUUUACAUUGAGCUUAUAUCGCUUCCUGCUGGAAGUCGCUUUUUGGUGAGGCUAUUCAUCAGGCACUUUUUAUUUACACUUUUUUUUGUAAAUACAUGAAAUGUAUAAUAAUAAUUGAGAUAUAUUUUAAAUGCAGACGAUGGCAUAUUUGAUGAAGAUUCUCUCGCGCUCUCUGCCUCCUAGCACUUACCACCGUCACUUUCCUGAUACCCUUCUCUGGCAGUACAGUGACACGCUACCAUUCCUGCAUGCUGCUUUGUGCCCCCCCAAGCAGAAAUCCACACAUCAUAUUCCAGCAGUGGCAGGGCAGCAGUAGAUCUGGAAGCAUAGCAGGAAUCCUAGCACUGUGCUUGACAAGGCCGAAAGCUCCUACGCUUGAGGGUAAUGGAAAGCUAUUACGUGCUGAUUUUUUUUUUAAUUGCACUAAAUAUAAAUUUGGCAUGUUCAAUGACGAAUCUAAAAUAGUUCAGAAAUAGUCCUCUACAGAAUGGUUUUUCCUCGGUGAGCGCAAGAGCAGGUAUAAUUAAAAAGAUUUGCAGUGUCGCUGUUAAUUAACCAAUCACAAUACAGGUUGAUGAAGUGGCUGUUUAAAGCGUCCAUUUGUUUCUCAAUCAGCACUCGCAGUGUUGCGCCGGGCGCUGACCACAGCUGAGUUUUGGGGGAGGAUUCUGUUGUUGUACCUUUGAACCCAGAUACUCGCGGCCCUGGGGAAAUGUCCAGCUACGAUCGUGUAGGCCGCUUUGGAUGAAAACUUCAGCUACGAAAUAAUUACUCAAAGCGACAACAUUCCCGCUGUCUGUUUCCCAGUGCAACAUGGAGGGGCAAGACAGGAGAAUCAAGGCCAAAGCCAAGGAUAGACGCUUUGUAAGACUGUCAGGCGCCCAGCUGAAUGACACGUCUAGGAUGGAAUGCAGCCUACUCUUUCGUUUUUCCUUUUUUGUGGCAGUCUUAAAUCGCGGCUUGUUCCUGAUUACAGCUUACACACAUGAAAUCGCAGCGAUUCCGUGUCCGCAUACUUCAGUUAAAGCGUAAACUGAAUUUUUUCGGGUUUUGGGUCUUGACUUAAGGGACGCGGCUUCUAGAAGCAGGUUGCGCUAACUGUUGCCCACGCUGGCUGUGCUAACUGUGCUAACCCGUUAUCUGCCAGGGAAUGAAACUUUCUCUGGAGUUGUGCUCCCCUAAUAUUUUAAGUCCUGACACGUGGUCGUAGCACAAGCACGCUGUGGUCGGACAUUUCAGAGCGCCAAGUGCAAUCUCUGGCAAAAUGAACCUUUAUGAACAAGUGGUUUAACAGAUAUACGACAGUGAAAAUGUUCUUUAUCAUUACCAAGUGUAAAUGAUUGCUUUGUGAAUUCUGCGCAGUAUAUAACCUAUGCAUUCUUGUAAUUGUUUUUUUUUGUACUUGUACCAAUGAUGAGAGAAAUUGUAUUUUAGAAUUGUGGAGAUUUUUAUGUCCUUGUAUUUGUUAAAGAUAGUUCUACAAAAGAAAAAAAAUAGAUGCUGAUGCUUGGCUUUUUUGGUACACUGACAAUAUAAUUCUUGUAUUUAGCUUUUAUUUGUAGGAAAAAAUGUAAAAUGGAAAAAAAAUUCUCAUAAAUAUGGAGGAAAAUCUAUAUUAAAUUAAUUCUUGUUUAACUUGGCAGAUCUUUGGACCAAUUUAUAUCAAUUUGAGGAAAAAAACAAUGUUUUUAAUCCGCAUUUUAUAAGUGGCACUUUUCACAAAAAGUGAUGAAAGUGAUCUUAUUUUAAAACACCGUUAUAAACGGCAUUGUAACAUUUCUUACCUUGUGUACAGUACGUUUUAUUCAAAUGGCAGAAGUAAAUGUGCAAUUAUGUAUUAAAGAAAACUGAAUAUAUUAGUAUAUAGCUAUUUAAGAGAGAUAAAUAUAUAUUGUUGCUUCUGAGUGGCUAACAAACUGGAAGAAUUUGUUAAUUGGAACAGUUUGUUAAUUAGAAAUGUUUAUUAGUUAAUUGCUGCUUUUUCUGCGGUGAUCCAUCCUGAUAUUUAUGCAGACGUGUCUCAUCCACCAGCAUGAAGGCAAGCCUUCUAAAGUUUUUACUUAAAUGUGUACUUAAACGUGAUUGUAUUACCCUAAAACAGUCAGAAAAUGUCUUAUUUUUUUUUCUUUGCAGCUGCUGAAUGAAGCCAUCGCCUUGUACAUAAAUUAUGAUAUUGGGAAAAAUGC